UCUGAAUUAUUCUAAAUUCCACAGAAAGACUACGUUUAAAUUAUUUAUAAUAAUUUUUCAAGGAAUAUAAAACGAAAAUGCAAUUAAAAGUUGGUCAAUGAAAAAUAAAAACAAAUGGACACUGAGAAACGUCAUUCGCCCUUGUUUGUGUUGUGAACGUCAAAGAUUUUUCAGUGAUUUUAUCCUAUUUUAAAAUUCCCCUGUGUUCAGUGAUACUCUAAUAUCAAUCUCCGAACUUUUCUUCAUAUUUCUACUGAAAAUUUGAUCGUGUGCAGUGCUAUUUACAGUGUCUAAUGCUCAUUCAAAAUGAAUUGGUUCGACACGUCAGGUUUGACGAAUCUUGCAAAAACAGCCCUGAAAGAGGCUCAGAAGACCAUCGAUAAGGCGCUGGACAUUACGGAGGACGAGAGCGGCGACGAGGCGGAGGGCGAGGCGGCCGCGGCGCCCAGCAAGCCUCCCGCGACAAGCGCCGGGGAAUCCACAGACUUCUUCGCUUCCUGGGGGCUCACAGUCAGCGCCGAAAGUGCUCAAGACGAGGGGAAAAAUGAGGUGGUCACCGAGAGCCCGUCCAAGGGCGCCGCGCAGAGCGUCUGGGGUUCCUUCACCGAGUCUCUGUUCGACAAUCGGAAGGCGGAUAGCGGCGCCAUCACCGCUCCACCUAAAGCCAAGUCCAUGAAUGUCAUAUCAGAUGGCAGCUACGGCAGCCAGGACGACCUGUUCUCCAAGAGCCAGCUCGUCAUGUCUGAUGGUGCUGAUGCGUUAGACAAGAAGGAUAAGUUUAGUAAGUUCGAUGAAAGUGUUCCUAAAGUUGAUGAGAGACGCAGCUCAUCCCGCUCAGCAGGAUUAUCAUUAAUAUCUAGUAGAAACAGCUCAGAUUCAGUGGAAGUACUGUCCCACAGCCUGAAAACUACACCAGACUCUGAAGCAGCCUCAGUACACUCUAUUUCACACAGUAGUAGUGUCAGCGGACAAAAGCAUAAUUCAGAAUCAGUUGAGAUAUUACCUGACAGCCUGGUCAGCCCUAGCUCUAUUGAAUGCCUUGGCUUUGACAGCUACGCCAGUGAGAAGUCAUCAUCCUCCAACCUCACCCCAGAUGAUGGCAGUGACAAGAAAUCCACACCCAUUGGUGAAAGAACUGAGAAAGGUGGAGAAACAGCCGACAGUGUCAGCCUAGUAGCUGAUGAUGAUGAGGACACCAUAUCCUACAACUCUAUCUCUGAGUGCACAGCCCCAACAGUGCUUGACAAUGAUGACAAGUCCAUUAGUCCAUUCCCAAGAACAUUAAGACCUGAAUUCCAAAAGAAAUAUGAUAAGGAGCUGAUACAUUUAGACCAGCCGCUGCCACACCGGAUGCAGAUGAGUGAAAACUCCUCCAAUGAUGGCUCUUGGUCGGACCGGACAUUGAAUGCCGAUAAUGACAGUAUUAACAAUCUAGAUCCUAACAUUGAGGAGCCAAAGAAAGAGGUUGUGGACUCCGAGGAAAAUCUGCUAGAGAAGCUCAGUGAUUCCUCCUCCUUCUACAAUGUGAAUGUAUCUGCAGAGAUGCUGAAGUCAGAGAGCUCAGCGUUUGUCAAUGUGGAGAGUCAGCAGUGCCAACUGCCAGAGACCACAGACUCACCAAUAAAAGACAUCAGCUCCAAAGAAAGAACCUCACCUAUCAGUUCAGAUAGUACUAAGAGUGAUUUAGUCAAAAUAGGCUCAGACCGCACGUCCGGCCACACAUCUGGAGAUGAAGUAGAGACAGCCACAUCAUCUGAUAUAGAAAUCAUUCCCAGUCCAAAUGGGGACAACCACAGUUUCUGCAGAAGCAGUCCUGCCAAGUAUGCUUUCAAGCAAUCUAAACUGGAUGGAAGCACAUCUCCCAACUUAGUAGACUUAGUUUUAGGUAAAUCAUUAGCUAGUAAGAUCCGUGGUCACAAUAGGGAGCUAUCUCAGGCAUCCAUACAGAGCAAUACAAGUGAUGACAGUGGCUCAGAGAAUGACAAGCUGAUGCGGAGGCUGUGUGAAAUGGCUGAGAUACUGGAGGCCAGAGAGACUAGACUGAUGGAGGUCAGCAGGAGCAAUGCGGAGCUGGCGGAGAGCAACGCUGAUCUGAAGACUCAGAUGGAGUCCCUGCUCGCUAAACAUGAGGUGGGGGAUAUCAAUGUCAUCACUGAAGACUACACGCAGAGGUUAUCAGCUUUGGAGAAGAAAUUCCAGCAGGCUAUUAGAGAAAAGGACCAGUACAGAAAGCAACUGGACACCAUGAAGUCUGAAACAGCGUCGCGCAAAAACUUCUUAGAAUUAGAGAACACAUUGAAAGAAAAGGACGAGAUGAUAUCCCAGCUGCAGGAGGAAGGAGAGAAGCUGUCUCGGCAACAACUGCAACAUUCCAAUAUUAUAAAGAAACUGAGACAGAAAGAGAAAGACAAUGAGCAAGUUAUCAAGAGUUUACGAGACAAAAUAGCUGAGCAAUCGAACGAGCUCGAACGGGUGAAGCGAGCGAUGGCGGCCAAGGAAGAGCUAGAAGUGACGCAGAUCGAGGCGGUCUACCGACUCACCACCGCCAAUAAGAAACUAGAGACUGAACUCAAUGAGACAAAAUCGACACUAGACGACACGACGCAGCGUCUAGAAACGAGUAAAACCUCCUUAGAAGCGACUCGCAAGGAGUUGUCCGACCUGCAGCGCUCUUAUUCUGAGCUCCAGCGACGCCGCGACGCGCUGGGCUCGGCGGAGCGCGACCGGGACAGGUUUCAGGCAGAGAAUGAAGUGCUGAAGGCACAGCUACAGCAGCUUAGGAGCGAAAUGGUGCAAGAGGACAAGCGCUGGCAAGCCCGCACCGAAGCCCUCCGUAGCGAGCUGUCGGCCGCGCGCGCCGCCCCCCCGGCCCCCGCGGGGGAGGGGGGCGCGGGGGGCGCGCUGCUGGCGCAGCUGGCUCACCUGCAGCGGGCGAGUCUGGAGCGCGAGCGGGCUGUCGUUAGGGGGCGGGAGAGGGCUGCUGAACUAGAGAUGUCCCUAGCAAAGACAAUAGAAAGAGAAAGACUUACCAAAGAGGAGAACCAAGCUCUACAAGACCAGCUCGCCACAUCACAGGGUUUGCUAGAAGAUGUCCAGAACAGGCUGCAAGAGCUGACGAAGCAUUGUCAGGAGUACGUCGACAAGUUGCAGGCCGUUGAAGAGCAACUCAACGCUAAAUCCGUGGAGCUGGAGUCAGUCCGCAGCUCUCUCACGACGCAAGUGACGCAAUUAACGCAGCGCGCGACGCAAACACAAGCGCAGCUCGAGACCGAACGAGCCGCCUGGGACACCGAGCGGAAGAGACACGCUAUACUGCAGGAGCAGUUGUCGGCGCGCGGCGACGUGUCUCCGCCGCACUCCGUGAUGUCCGACACGCUGUCCAACUCGCUUUGGGGGACCGACGAAGGCUGCGAGCCGUCGUUGCCACUAUCCGGAUCAAGUAUGGUGUCGGGAACUGAGGAGCUGAUGGCGCUGCUGCAGCGACGGGAAGGCGAGCUCCGCGCGGCGUCGGCUCAGAUCUCGCGGCUGCAGCGCGAGCGCCGCGCCGUGGGGGACCACUUGGCCCAGCUGCAGGGGCGGUUCGACGAGUUCCAGUCGCUGCAAGAGCAAUACGACGCCCUACUCCAAAUGUACGGCGAGAAAGAAGAACAACUCACCGAGACCCGCCUCGACCUGCAGGACGUCACGCAGCUGUACAAGCAGCAGCUGCAGCUGUUGGGGCCCCCGCCGCCGACUUCUUGAUGUAGAGUGGGCCGAGGAGUCAUGUAGUCAGACUUAUAAAUUACUAGCGUAAGGACAGGGCGAAC